AUGGCCAGCCUGGAGCCGGUGACCUGCAAGGAUGCCCAGCCCACGGCGUUUGAUGCUGAGCCCAGGAGCUAUGUGGAGUCAGUUGCCCGCACAGCCACGACGGGCAGGGGAGGGAGCCUGCCCACCACCCAGCCCGGGGGCCCGGAGGUGCCCGCCAGGAACGGCACCUUUGCCAACUCCUUCACCGCCCCCAGCCCAGUCUCCACCAGCAGCCCCAUUCACAGCGUGGACGGCCCCCUGUAUGGCUACCCCAGCCUGGAGGAGAAGCACCCGACGCUGUCUCGGCAGAGCAGCUCCUCCGGCUACCAGCCUCCCUCCACGCCGUCCUUCCCGGUCUCACCGGCUCUGCCCAACUACGCCACCAUCAACGGCAAGGCGUCCUCACCCCUCUCCAGCGGCAUGUCCAGCCCCAGCGGUGGGAGCACUGUUGCCUUCUCCCACACCCUGCCAGACUUCUCCAAGUUCUCCAUGCCAGAUGUCAGCCCUGAGACUCGUGCCAACGUCAAGUUUGUGCAGGACACUUCCAAGUACUGGUACAAACCAGACAUCUCCAGGGAGCAGGCCAUUGCACUGCUGAAGGACAGGGAGCCGGGGGCUUUCAUCAUCCGAGACAGCCACUCCUUCCGGGGAGCCUACGGCCUUGCCAUGAAAGUUGCUUCUCCGCCUCCCACAGUCAUGCAGCAGAACAAGAAAGGAGACAUCACCAAUGAGCUGGUAAGGCACUUCCUCAUCGAGACCAGCCCGCGGGGUGUGAAACUAAAAGGAUGCCCCAACGAACCCAAUUUUGGCUGUCUCUCAGCCCUGGUGUACCAGCAUUCCAUCAUGCCCUUGGCCCUGCCCUGCAAGCUGGUUAUUCCUGACCGAGAUCCCAUGGAGGAAAAGAAAGACACUGCGUCGUCCACCAACUCGGCCACGGACCUCCUCAAACAGGGUGCAGCCUGCAAUGUCCUCUUCAUCAACUCCGUGGAGAUGGAGUCGCUGACGGGCCCCCAGGCCAUCGCGAAGGCUGUUGCUGAGACUCUGGUGGCUGACCCCACACCCACCGCUACCAUCGUCCACUUCAAAGUCUCUGCACAAGGCAUCACCUUAACCGACAACCAGAGGAAAUUGUUCUUCCGACGACACUACCCUCUCAACACCGUCACCUUCUGCAACCUUGACCCCCAGGAACGAAAGUGGACUAAGACUGACGGCAGCGGCCCAGCCAAGCUUUUCGGCUUCGUGGCCAGGAAGCAAGGGAGCACCACAGACAACAUCUGCCACCUCUUUGCCGAGCUGGACCCGGACCAGCCGGCUGCAGCCAUCGUCAACUUUGUCUCCAGGGUCAUGCUUGGCUCCGGCCAGAAAAGAUGAGCUGGUGCGUGCGGGUGAUUCUUGAAUUUUGGAGAAGGACUUGGAGCUGAUCCGAGAAGGAGUGUGAGGAAGUGCAUUGUGGGAGAGGGAAGUGAAUCGGGGGGGAAAAGGGUUGGAAUUUUGGAGGAAAACAGCAAACAGCAAAAAAAACCCCAACGAAACCCUUAAAAACUCAACACAAGC